AUGGUACGCCUCAUAUUUUCGCCCCCUGGCUGGAAGGGAGGGGAGUCGGACCGGCCAGAGAAGAGGGGAAGCGAGUGCACUUCACGCCUAGGUAGCGCCAACCACGUGGCCAAGGCCAUUUGCGAGGCUGGGGCCGACGGAAGCGACGCGCUGCGGGCGAAAUAUUCGAGUGACCCCGACUCGGCGGACAAAAGGCUCAGGCUUACCGGCGACGUCCCUGCCUCGCGGCCAUGCCACGUAGUCAUCACCACGCCUUCGAGGAGAAUAAUGGAGAAGGCAGUGCGGGCAGGGGACGAGGCGGCUACAAGAGUUACAAGGGCCAAGGGCGGGUGCAACUGCGCGGGAGCACUCUCAAGCCCGCGUUUUUAA